AUGGACAUGGGGAAAUCCGUGCAAUCCGCAACUGGUGAUAUUGGCUUCGCCGUUCGCCUCUUGCGCUACUAUGCCGGUUAUGCGGACAAGAUUCACGGCAAAACUCUGCCAGCCGAUGGUCUGACGGUGUCAUGGACGAUUCGCGAGCCUGUAGGGGUGGUGGGGGCCAUAGUGCCUUGGAACUACCCUUUCUUCCUUGCUUGCCUGAAGUUGGCCCCAGCCCUGUGCUGCGGUUGCACCGUCGUCUUGAAGCCGGCCGAGCAGAGUCCGCUGUCUGCCCUUUAUUUGGGCAAAUUGAUAGCUGAAGCUGGUCCCUUUGAUGGAACAAACAACACAGUCAGCCGACUUCACGCCAGAUGGACGAUAUGUAGGCGCUUUGUAGAUAAAAUCGGGCCAGGGCCUAUGAUGGGCUGGACUGAAGUAGAAAGACACUUUCCGGUCUAUACGAGAAGCGUUUCUGCUCCAAGCCCUCAUGACAAAACUUCAUACAUUAAGCUUUUUCUUGUGCCUAAACCGACUUCUGUUCCAGGCUUUCCACCGGGCGUAGUCAACGUAGUGCCUGGCUACGGUGAGACGGCAGGCGCCGCUCUUUCCACUCACCCUGAUGUAGAUGCCGUCUCAUUUACCGGAAGCACCGAAGUCGGCCAGCUGAUCACGAAGGCGGCGGCAUCCACGAUCAAACGAGUAAAGCUCGAGCUGGGUGGGAAGUCGCCGCUCGUCAUUUUCGCCGACUGCGACUUUGAGAAAGCCGCUCUUACCGCCCAUGAAUCUGCAAUGGUCAACCACGGACAGUGCUGCGUGGCGGCCACUCGUACUUUCGUCGAGGCAUCUAUAUAUGACAAAAUGGUGCAGCGGCUCAAGGAACUUGCUGAGAGCCGGAUUGUGGGAGAUCCAUUCGAUGAAAGCACAAUCCAAGGCCCACAGGUGUGUUUACUAUGGUUCAUGGAAACGCUUCCAUUUCCAUCUAUACUCAAUCUGUCCCACACGACUGCAUGCUUCUUAUUCAUCUCUCAACAGGUCGACAAAGUGCAAUUUGACAAAGUGAUGUCCUACAUUGCUCUUGGUCAGAAAGAGGGAGCUCGCCUCGUUACGGGCGGUGGUCGCGUUGGCCAACGCGGCUACUUUAUCCAGCCUACCGUGUUCGCCGACGUAACUAACUCAAUGCGGCUUGCUCGCGAGGAGAUUUUUGGGCCGGUACAGUCGAUCCUUCGCUUCACUACAUUCGAAGAGGCUGUUCAGCUGGCAAAUGACACACACUAUGGUCUCGGGGCCGGAGUGUUCACCUCGGACAUGGACAAAGCGGUGCGAAUGGUCCGAGCUAUUCGAGCUGGAUCCGUCUGGAUCAACUGCUACAAUUUGCUCAACUUAGCCGCUCCUUUCGGUGGCUUUAAGAUGUCUGGGUCUGGCCGUGAACUGUAA